AUGUCUUAUGUUCAGGUUCUGGAAGGCGACAGCAUGCCGCAGGCCAACAUCAGACAUAUCCAUGUUGAAACCUCACAAUGGACGCUGGACUACCCGCCUUUCUUCGCGUACUUUGAAUGGCUGCUUUCACAGGUCGCCCACUUCGCCCACGCACCCAUACUCGACGUGAGCGCCUUGGGUUACGAUAGCUGGCAGACCGUAUAUUUCCAGAGGGCGACGGUCAUCGCAUCGGAUUUGGUGCUCGUCUUAGCACUCUACAGUCUAGGCUUGAAGACUGAUGCGGCCGCGAUAGCAAGCGCGACGAGGGGCCUUGUCGGUGAUGCCUCAUUCGCAGUCCUCCCAAACAUAUCUCCUAGGACUACCUUCAUCCUGACGAUCGCCUUCCAGACUGUGCCACUCAUCAAAUUGUUCCUUGUGCCCAAUUGGGAUAUGUUUGUGGCCGCGGUGACAUUGUGCGGGGGCUUCCUCCUUGCCUGCCGUCAUAUAUGGGUAAUUGAAGAAACUGGUGAGUUCUUUGGAACGUACGAGGACUACCUGCGCCGCAAUGAUUUCUACAGACAACACCGUUUUAUUUUUGAUUAUAUCUAUGAGGAAUUCAAGCAUGAGUACUACCCAGGAGAAACUGUUAUUAUAGCUUCAGGCGACGAGCGUUUGACUGGCCAGGUAACAGAGAAAGCCAAGUUUCCGGAGUUACUAAAACCAGACGGGACGAUAGAACGCAAAGCGUUCACUCGAUAUUGGUGUCGAGUUGAUGGGCAACCAGAGGGUCAACCGAUUUUCGAGGAAGAUCAACUUUCAAGGGAGAAGAAAACGUUCACUAAGUUGCGGCUUCGGUCGUUCCUCAAAAACUCUGCGUCCCGUGAAACCUGGUCAGGGGCACCAUGGCUUGUCAAGCAGCGUCUUGCCGAAGAGUACCGCAUUAGCACCGACAUACCUCCGCACUUAACGCAAGAGGCGCAGGCAAAAAUUCGAAAGGCCUUACAACCAAAUGGUAAGAAGAUCGAAUACGAGGGUUCACUGCAUAAUUUCCCUGCUUAUGGACCCCAAGGGGGGCCCCAGUAUCACCUGAUCAAGCCGCGAAGCAAGAAAGAGGGACAACAGCAAUUAGAGUUCUCGCAGUUUCUACAGUAUCAUCAACCGACGGCGAGCAAUGUGCCACUUCAUGUUCCUCCGGGGUUCCAGAUUGUUGCACAUGGGCCUCAUCAAAUGGUCAAUGGGUUUGCUCCCAUAGCAGCCAAAGCACAGCCAAAGCCUGCAGCGCCUCCACCGCCAAAAUAUCCCAUCGAGGACUUAGAGAUUCCUCCAGUUCGGGAUGGAGUCCAUCGCCCAGCUCUAAAAUUUCUAUCCGAUUUCCCAUCUCCAGAAGAUGAGAUGGUCGACACCGAAUCGACAGGUAUCGAAAUGGAGUCUGUAGGAUCGCUGUUGGAGACAUGGAAUACUCUCAACGUUUACUGUCAAGUCUUUCAACUUGACUCGUUCACGUUCGAUGAUUAUGUUGAGGCCUUACGUUUUAGCUCCGAUGAAAUCCAGUGUGAAUUACUUGUUGAGCUUCAUUGUGCGGUUUUGAAGAAGCUCGUCAACGACUCAAAUGACAAGAAUGGACAAGUUCAGAUAUCGUUGCCUGAUCAGCCAGAGAGUGAGGAUGAGCAGACAUCCCCGGAGGAAAGUAGCCAGGCCUCCCCCGAACCUGAGCCUGUGAAGCCUCCAGCGCGCUCGACCAGAAGUAGUCUACUGAAGAAUGAGGCCGCAGAGUUGAGAGAAGCCACGAAUACGCUGUCACUAUCAGACACCAAACUGCACCGAGCCACGGAAAUGGACCAUCACCAACGCGGCUACGAUUGGAAAAUGCGAUUGCGAAAACGCGAUUUCCAGGAAGGUAGGUGGGUUUGCAUCAUUGUAGGGCUUUUGAAUCAGCUUUCUCGCAACCAACGUCUUUCUAAGACCUGCACUGACAUCCUAAAACGUCUUGCCCCUCUUGACAGGGACCCCACACCGGAAACGGCUUUUGCGCAAUAUCAAAGUCUUGACAUUAAAUAUCGGGUCAACAUCAUCCAGACGCUCUGUAUGAAGGUCUUAGAGACAAAGAUUGUCAAACAAUAUAUGGAGGAUUGCAGUAUUCAAAUGACGGAACAUCGCAAAGAAAAGAAUGAAUUGAAGAGAAGCUGGAAAGCAGCGGCGGACGAAUUACGCCAAUUACUCGAGGAACGGAAAGCUUUACAGCCCGACGACACUUCGGCAACGCCUCCGCCUGAACUGGAGGAGAUAGAUGACCCGAAAAUCGAAGCCGACGAGGAAGAAGAUGGCGGUGGCACUGACCUCAUGCCAGAAUCAGACGACGACGCACCUCACCAAGGGCGAUCGUUGCGACGAGCCAAUGAUAGGGCGACCGCACGUAGGAAACGCGCAGAAGAAGACAAGGAACGUAAAGCGGCAGCUGCAGCAGAGAAAGCAAAAAAACCUUCCAAGGAGGAAAAGAAAUACGAGAAGAUACUCUCAAAGAUUGAAAGCGUCAAAGAGCAAAUCAAGGAGCUUGAAGACGAGAUUGCUGUUGUUGAAAAUGAUUUACGCGAGGCCGACUGUCCGCGUACUCGAGUACUGGGGAAGGAUAGGUUUUGGAACCGCUACUAUUGGAUGGAACGCAAUGCUAUGCCUUAUGCUGGUCUGCCAGAUAGCUCUACCGCAUUUGCUGGGUAUGCAAAUGGGUGCGUUUGGGUGCAAGGACCAGAUGAGUUGGAGAGGAUGGGGUUCAUUGAACUGUCGGACGCCGAAAACAUGCAGUAUGCCCGUGCGUUUCAAAUGACAGUACCUCAAAGGAAGGAGAUCGAAGAGGGUGAGACUCACGUCACGGACGCCCAUCAAUGGGGCUAUUACGAGGAUCCUGAUACUUUGGAUAUGCUCAUCGGAUGGCUUGAUAAUCGUGGCGUAAGGGAGGCUAAGUUACGAAAAGAACUGCAAGGCCAGCGCGAAGCCAUCUCGCUACAUAUGCGGAAACGGCAAGAGUACCUUUCCAAAGACGAGGAUAAGAAGUCAGAGCCUGCUGAGCCUGCGACUGGGGUUUCAACGCGGCGAAAAACUUACGUGGACCCCACGAGUCAUCAUUUCCUGGCUUGGAGAAAUACAACGGCUCUGCGAGAGAUUGGUCAUCUACACUCCGAGAAUCAGAAACCUACUACAAGGAAGCAACGAGGAAUUGCUGUCAAGAAAGCUCAGCUCAUUGAGGAGCCGGAAGAACCAGCGCCACGUCAGACGAGAGGAAAUGGGCGUGGAGGAAGUGCGAGAGGCACGGCGAGGACGCGUGGGAGGCAGCCGGUAAGGCAGGGGUCUCGGUACGAUUUUUGA